AUGUUGUUUGCUGUAUUCUUCUUGUAUGUCUGUUCAUUGAGUACAGCGGAUAAUUUUUUCCCAUCAAGUAUUAAUCGUUGUCUACCAAUUCCAUCGAAUUUUUCUUUAUGUUAUGGCCUUGGUUAUACACAAAUGCAUUUACCGAAUUUGCUUCACUAUGAAACUAUAAAUGAAAUUGAACAUGAAUUACCUUUAUGGCAAUCACUUCUCGAUUUAGAGUGUCAUGCAAAUUCUCGAUUAUUGCUCUGUUCGAUAUUAGCACCGGUAUGUCUUCAGCAAAUAUCAGAAAGACGAACACUUGUUUCAUUUGAUAAUAAUCAAGAUUCGAGACUUUUAAUGACACAUGAAAAUCGAAAAUUUCUAUAUCCUUGUCGUACACUUUGUGAAUCAGUCAAACAAAGUUGUGAACCAAAAAUGAUAAAACAAUUUGGAUAUAAAUGGCCAAAUACAAUUGCCUGUGAUCAAUAUCCAGAAGAAACAGAUCUAUGUGUGUCUCAUUCUUCAUCAUCAACAACUAGUACAUUACCAUCAACCACUAGUACAUUACCAUCAACCACUAGUACAUUCAAAUCUCCAAUGAUUUCAAAGGCCCAUUUAUGUUUCAUGUGUCAAUCACAAGCCACUGUAAGUGAUUUACUUAAUGACUAUUGCCGUUCAUCGAUUGUGGUUCGUACUCGUCCAAUUAAAAUGUCAUCAAUAUCAGAAAAUAAUUUCAUAUUUGCAAAUAAGUAUAAAGUUCGAUAUUUUAAACGAUUAGAUAACAAUGAAAUGAAAUUUGAUUUUCCAAUUAAAAAUUGCUCAUGUAUCAAAUUAAAUUCACCAAUUGUUUUAUUUCUUUCAUCAAAUGGCGAAAUUAUUCGAUUUAUAUCCGUUAAACGAAAUCCGCGCGUGUUUAAAAGAUUUCGAAAUACAAUAGUUUUACGAAAACCUCGAUGCCACGUCGAUUAUAAAUUUCAUUGA